AUGAGACCCAACCUUCUCUCAUCUCAAUUAUUGAUGCACGGAAAAUCUAUAUUUGGACAUACAACGUUUUCAACGGGAUGCCGAAGAAUAGACACAUCUGAAGUCAAACGCCCGGACGUGACUGCACCGGAUGGCCUGGUGGAGUCGCCAGUAAUAUUGAGAAGAGCCCAGAAACGAGCAUCUUCAAAUAAGGACAUUGAACGCAGCAAAGAGUGGGACACAGACUCCUCUUUGAUACGCAACCCCUGGGCGUUAGCUCUAGCAAGUCCACCCCGAUUGUGCCAUGCAACCAUGUCCCGGCUCCCCACGGAGCUCAUGAUAGAUUUUGGCCUUGUUCAGCACCCCGAGACAUCAGCUUUGUGGCUACUUCCUACAUCACUGCUUGAAAAUGAGUUGAAUGAAAUGGAAAUUGAUCUAGACUUUAAGGUCGGUGCCGGAGAAAACAACUCUCCCACAGACGGUGAAGUUCCUGGGGGCAGCACUGCGAAAGUGCCAAAACGAAGGGCGGCAUUCCCUUCGGUCAGAGUUACAAACAGUGGAACGCUCUUUGAUAUGUUGUCAAAUCCAAAGUUUUCGAAUAUCAGCAAAGGCCUGGUUCCGCCCUCAUGGAAGCUGCCACAAGGCCCACUCACUAAAAGCUCUAUGCAAACGCUCGUCUGGAGGGGGGAUAUGUCCAAUUACGCACUCAACGCGAUGAGAAGGGAAAUUUUGAGGAGCCUUAGGACAAUAUUGCGAGUUACACCGAAAAUAGAGAAACAACGAAGGCGAGAUACAUGGACGCCGUUGAAUAUCGCCGAUCAAACCAUUACCCGGGACGCAUUGGAAAGGUCUCUGACCAAACUCCCAGAAUUAAGAGAUAUAAAGAGUGGGAUGGUUUUAAUUCUCCGUGCUGACAAUCGCACCGCUGAGAUGAACAAGAAUUCUGAUUGUAAUGCCACCCCUUCAACAGCCUCCAACAACCCCAACCCCUCGGUUGAUCUGGUUGAACUAGCGAUCCACGAGUCCCAAGUUCCUGUCUUCAAUCUUACGCAAAUGUUAUCGGAUGAGGAACUUCGAGAAAUCCGUCAACUUGGAGAGAUGUUUCAGGGAGAUGCUUUAUAUUUUAUACCUGCAUCGAGGAAGUCGGCUUUAUUUGCUUUGGACCUCUGGCGCCUGAAGUCGUUCCUUAUGGAACGCAAUGAACAGGAAGAAUCUGUUUUCCGUCAUUGA